GCGCAUCUUUCUGGUUUCUGAUUUUUGGUUUCAGGUUUCAGGUUUCUGGUUUCAGGUUUCAGGAGGGCUUGGCAAAGUGGCUGUUGGUGAAGAGUGUGAGCUCUCUCUGACAGUGGCUGACAGACGUGUCACACAGCCACAGGCCAUGUCCCUGGGUGAUGCCCCAGAGGACUCUGGAAAUCGAGGAACAGUAGUUUCCUCGACUCAGUAUUCUGCAGUAUUCUGCUUCGGAUUCGGUUUGCCAGCCCAUCAGGUUUUGCCGGCUACUCAGUCCUGUCUCAGUGUUGAACGUUUACUGUCUGUCUUUAUCGUCUGUAUCAUGUGUCCUUGCUUUCACCGUUUGUGUAUCUUUCAUUAUGGGACAGAGCACUUCAACACCUCUGUCACUGACCCUUGAUCACUGGACCGAAGUCCGCUUAAGGGCUCAGAAUCUUUCUUUUUCAGUAAAACGCCAGACCUGGCAGACUCUCUGUGCCUCAGAAUGGCCCAUCUUUGGAGUCGGAUGGCCCCCAGAAGGAUCUUUCUACUCCCCACUAAUUCAAAAAGUCAGAGAUAUUGUCUUUGUCUUUCAGCAGGGGCCACAUAGCCAUCCAGAUCAACAGCCGUAUAUCUUAACUUGGCAGGACCUCUGUGAAUCUCCUCCUCCAUGGGUGAAGCCUUUCCUUGCCCCUGUCCCUGCUCCUACUCCUUCCCCCACAAUUCUAUCUCUCAAACCCUCUGCUCCUCCUCCUCCUCCUCAACCCUCUGUUAUCCCUGAGUCUCAAUACUCUACUGGACUCUCCUCCCCCUCCUUAUCUCCUGCCCUCGUCCCCCAACCCCCAACACCCUCUAAGUGAUUCCCCUGCUGCUGACUCAGCCUCUCCACCAUUGGAGGAAGCUGAGCUGGCCCAGCGCCCUCCAGAUGACUUCCCCGCGGCACACACAGCCCCUCCUCCCCUGGAGGAAGCUGGCCCAGCUAAAGGAACUCGCCGGCAGUGAAUGAUUAAAAACCCUGAAGCCCCCGUGAUACUCCCCCUCCGUCCUUAUGGGCCAAUGAUAGACGAUGACCAUGGAGGAGAAAUGCAAGCCUACGAGUAUUGGCCUUUCUCCUCUUCAGACCUAUAUAACUGGAAAAAUAACAAUCCCCCUUUUUCUGAGGACCCCACCUGGCUCACAGGUCUGAUUGAGUCAUUGAUGUUUUCA